CUUCUGCUUCAUCCGCCUACAAGUCCAGACAGGGGGCACUCAUUACCCGGCAGGCACUUUACCCGUGUUUUAAAGCAAGAUGGCAGCUGUUGUUGAGAAUGUUGUCAAACUAUUGGGAGAGCAGUACUACAGAGAUGCCUUGGAGCAGUGUCACAACUACAACGCCAGGCUGUGCGCUGAGAGGAGCGUUCGAAUGCCAUUCUUGGACUCUCAGACCGGCGUGGCUCAGAGCAACUGCUACAUCUGGAUGGAGAAGAGACACCGGGGCCCUGGCAUGGCUCCGGGUCAGCUCUACACGUACCCAGCCAGGAGGUGGAGGAAGAAACGGAGAACUCAUCCUCCAGAAGAUCCACGCCUCAUCUUUCCUCCUGUCAAAUCAGAAUUAGAUUUGGGGCUGAAGAAGGAUGUCCUGCUGUCGUCAGAUGGCAGCAGCUUGGAGGCCUUGCUGAAGGGGGAACCUCUGGACAAACGGACCCCGGCGGACAUCCGGGGGUCAGAAGAAGACUCCAAUCAGAGCGACUACACCGGCAGCCUGAACCCCUCCACCCGGAUUAGAAAGAGAAUUCUCGAGCCAGACGACUUCCUGGAUGACCUGGACGACGAAGACUACGAGGAAGACACGCCUAAAAGAAGAGGCAAAGGGAAAGGGAAGGGUCGAGGAGUGGGUAGCGGCAGGAAGAAGCUGGACACGGCAGCGAUGGAGGACAGGGACAAGCCCUACGCCUGUGACAACACUAUCAAACAAAAGCACAUUUCAAAACCUUCUGAAAGAGUCUGUGGGAAGCGCUACAAGAACCGCCCAGGCCUGAGCUAUCACUACGCCCACUCCCACCUGGCGGAGGAGGAGGGCGAGGAGAAGGAUGACCUGGAGAUGAACGAGUCGGCCCUCCCGCUGCCUGAGGAGCCAAAAACAGCUCCCAAAAAAGGCCCAGAUGGUCUUGCAUUACCUAAUAAUUACUGCGAUUUCUGCUUGGGAGACUCCAAAACCAAUCACAAGACGGGCCAAUCAGAAGAGCUGGUGUCCUGCUCGGACUGUGGACGCUCCGGCCACCCGUCCUGCCUGCAGUUUACUCCUGUAAUGAUGGCUGCUGUGAAGACGUAUCGCUGGCAGUGCAUAGAGUGCAAAUGCUGCAACAUGUGCGGUACCUCUGAAAAUGAUGAUCAGCUUCUCUUCUGUGAUGACUGCGAUAGAGGCUAUCACAUGUACUGCCUCAACCCGCCGAUGUCUGAACCUCCAGAAGGGAGCUGGAGCUGCCAUUUAUGUCUGGCCCUUCUGAAAGACAAGGCGUCCAUAUUCCAGAAUCAGAACGCACCCACGUCGUGAUGGCCGCUCCGUCGCCCACCCGUCCUGCAGCAUUACGGUGAACCCUUCAAGGUAUACAACGACCUCCUCCGUCCCCUUCACCAGGCGUCGGCGUGGGGGUGGAGUGUGCUCUGGAUCCAGGAGGAACGCCCGAUCAGACUGGCCUCAAUUAGCACCACAUUAUGACUGUUACACAGUUCCGGCCUUAGAUCCAGUCCAAUGGGUUUUUAUUUUCAUCCACUCGCCACAUUUAGCCAGUUUGGUAUCGUUUGUUUCAGAGACGUGUCAUAAACGGCCAAACUUCCACUUUGCGUUCAGCUUUUAUACCUAAAGUUGCUAAAGCUUCGUCUCUGUCCUGUAACGUACUGAUUUUAUGGAGUUUAAAAAGCUUGAUCAUGGUGAAAAACAAAUACAUUUUAUAAUAUUUAUAUAUUUCUAUGGUAAAGAUUAUUAUGUAUGUAAAGCUUUGGGAAAAAAGGAACGACUGUGUUUAAUAUUAGCUAUCAUUUUAGGAGAAAGGCCACAACCACAUGAUUUUUGUGGCACUUAGUGGAUUUUUGAUCCACCUGAUGCAGUCAAAGGGAUUCACUGCGACUGUAAAGGGUUCAACGUCUUCACAAUAAAAACAAACAGGAAGUACAAAUAGAAUCCCUCUGAUGUUUCUCAGCGUGGCUCCACAGGCUGCGCCGCUUCAAACAUGGCAGGUUGGACCUUUAUCUCUCGGGUCAAUCGUCAUGGUGACGCACCGACGCGUGCACAUGCCUCAUAUUGUCCUAUUUUUGUGAUGUAGUGACUUAUUUCAAAACUUUUCCCACCGUUUGUGACAUAUUCUGUACUAUUUAAAAAACAAAUUUGUUUCAAAAGGUUAAAGAGUAAAAUAGCAAUAACUUGUUUGCACACCCUUUGACCUUUUGCUCCAGUUUUAAUAUCAAAUCUUGUGUGUACAUUGAACAUCAGUUAAGUCUGAAUUUGGUCUAAACGACCACUAAGCUUUUUCCUUUAAAGAAAAUGACCUACCUCCAUGUGGGAGAAUGUUCUGGUCUGAUGAAGCAGCAUGUAAACUCCUGGGUUGUGUUUGGACCAAACACAUCAUGAGGAUCCUUAGAAAAUUACAAUCUCAUAAACACCACAAACCUUCGGAUGUCUGAUCAAUGGCUUCCUCUCAAUCUCAUAUAUUUGGAGAAUGUUUGGCAAUUCAAGAUGUCUUUACUCCUACUGAUGAUGUCUGAAGACAGGUUUUAGAUCAAAUGGUAUUUAGUUGGAGAGUGUGCAAACGGUUGUAACCAGGUUAUUGAAGCUUUCCUUUCUUCUUUUUUCUAAAUUCAGUUCCCGUCUUAAUCAGAGGGAAAAAUGCUCAUGGUCUCAUAUUUUAAUGUCACAAAAAACCUGUCAUUGUUACUCCGCUGUGUCAACUCUGCAGCCUGAAGUGUCCCAAUUCCGAUUUAUUUAUUUAGCUGUAAUGCAACCUGUAUCUGAUCUUUUCAUGAUAAUGCAAGUCGGCUUUUGUUCGAAUACAACCCCGGCCGAUACGUAUCCGAUUCAAAUGUGACCUGACAUUCAAUUCAUCCGACUUGAAUGUCACUGAUAUGUGGGAAGAAAAACAACCACCCCGGAGGACUAUAAUGAGGAUUAAGUUGUUAAUAUGCUUCAAACUUCAAAUGUGUAAACUAGGCUCCAUCACUAGCAUCCAUGUUUACUUCCGCAAACGCUGAGCACUUCCUCUUCUUUCUACAGCGAUUGUCAAAACACUGAGCACGCUGUCGCUAUUGCGCCCUCUACUGCGCAUGCCAGGCACUUUCAGGUCGUUUGCUGUUCACACUGGAGAUCCCAUACUGAUCACACAUAUUUGGAAGAGUGAACGGUCAUGGCAAAAAAAUAAAUAAAAAAUAAUUAUCUGAAUAAGCAAAAAAAUCAGAAUUGGGUCACUUGAAGCUGCAGUGUGAACACAGACUCGGUUGUGUCAAUGUCCGGGAGCCACUGUCUUGUCUGUCCUUAACUAAGGGACUGCACCUGAGGACUGCACCAAACAUACCCAUGCUCCGGUCAUAACCAUGACAAAAACUAAACCCUGUUGUUGUCUGCUGCCUAAUAAAGGGAAUAUUGCUGUGUUUUA